GCCAGGUCUUUCGUGCGUGACAUUGGAGAUCGUUGCCCAGCAUGGGGCGUGUCCGCACGAAGACAGUCAAGAAGGCGUCCCGCGUCCUCGUGGAGAAGUACUAUGGCCGUCUGACUCUGGACUUUGACACCAACAAGAGGGUGGCAGAGGAUGUUGCCACAAUACAGACAAAGAGGCUUCGGAACAAGAUUGCGGGCUUCACCACGCAUCUGAUGAAGCGCAUCCAGCGUGGACCUGUGCGUGGCAUCUCCCUCAAGCUGCAGGAGGAGGAGCGUGAGAGGCGCAUGGACUACGUGCCCGAGGAGUCAGCAGUGAACACCGAGUCCAUUGAGGUGGACGCCGACACAUACGACAUGCUCAGGAGCUUGAACAUGGCCAACCUUCCAGGUGUCAAGCAGCAGCAGGUGCAGACCGGGAACCAGGGGAUCCCAGGCGCAAACUAUGGCGGCGACCGCGGCGGCUACAAUCGUGACAACAGGCCACGCGGCGACCGCCCGCCACGCCAGUGAGAUAUGCUGCGUUGCAGUGUUCGCUGGAGGCUCAGGGCAUAAGCUUGGGGGUUGUCAUUCAGUAGGUCUGUGUUCGAGUGCAGUGUAUGGGCAGGAACAUGAGUCUAGCUUGCGGUGGCAACUUGCUGUGCAGCGUCAUGCCAUGUAGCACCUGAAGUUUUUGUAUCUUCAAACUGCUGAGUGUCUGACACUGGCAGACGUGGGAUUACUGUAAGCACGUACCGUACUGGGGCAGCC